CACAGUCAAAAAGUACAAUAAUACAUAUCCCUCACCUAAGAACGGAAAUUUGUUUCUUUACUCCAUUACCCAUCAGCAGCCCGGUACAACCACUUCCGAAGUUAGACAAUCGCGCUAUCCCAGUAAUAAAUAUAGGUAACACCCAGACCCAAAGGCAUACCUUUAACUCCCAGUAUCUCUCAACCCACUCUCCUUCUGGACCAAGACACACACUCUCUCUCUCUCUCUGUGGGGUCGUUAGUGGGUGCCGUCGCCGUUAAUGGCGACGAAUUGGCUGAAAUCCCUCCGCUGCAACUCUAACGCUGUCGCCGAUGGCGUCACAAACCCGAAAUCCCUCUCCAGGAAGACCAAGAACCCCCACCCCUUGGCCACCUGCCGUCGCUUCGACUCCGUCAAAGACGUCGUCUCUCCCUUCCCAAUAUAUCCCUCCUCCCCUCUUCCCAAAACACCAUCCCUAAAAGAACCCAAACCCAAACCUAAAUCUAGACCUUCCCCGCCGCCGCCGGCGUCCGUGGUGAUGGAGGUGGCGCCGCCGGCCAAUUCGUUGCCGGCGCUGGAGGAGCUUCCGGUGGGUCACUCCUCGCGGCGGGUGGUGGAGAUCAUCUUCCGGUCGAGCUGGGGGCGGCCGCCGUUCGCCGGCGAGAUCAAGAUGCUCUUCCGGGUCCAGCACCCGCCGCGGGCCACCGCACGCUUCGAGGAGUACCGCUCCGCCGUCCGCGCCCACACCGCCGCCUCCAGCGCCGCCCGCUGCGCCGCCGACGGGAACGAGAUGAUGCGCUUCCACCGCGCCCCCUCCUCCGCCUCCGCUGGCGGCGGCGAGGUCUACGACGCGGCGGCGUGGGGGAAGGCGGGAGAGGGGAUCCGGACCUUCGACGGGAGCGGCGGGGCCCACGCGAGCGGGGGCGGUGGGGCCGGUCGUGGGGCGAUGCUUCUGUGCCGGGUCAUAGCGGGCCGGGUGCGGACCGGGUCGGAACCGGAGUCGGUGUCGCUGUCCGGGUUCGACUCGCUUCGGGUCGGGAUGGGAGAGCUAUUGGUGUUCGACCCCAGGGCGGUGCUCCCUUGCUUCUUAAUCAUCUACAAAAUAUAAUUAUAUACUCUUUCUUUCUGCAUUUUGUUAAUUAUUGAUCCAAUUUCAUUUAUUUUAUUUUUAUGUUUUCUACGACUGUUUUUAAUGUGAGAGGAAAUUUUGUUUUAGUUUUUCUUUUCUUCCACCAUACCAACUGGAUUCGGAAAUGAUGUAAUAUAAUUUUAUUCAAGUAUUUGAGAUAAGCAUCUGUUUUUUUGUCUCUA